AUGACCACCGACUUCCUUCUCCUCAUCGUAUUCGCUUGGUUAUGCACUGCCAUUCAUGGAUUGACGACGAUAUCCGAUCUCGAUCGAUUGCAGCACGAUUUGUCAAAGUUUUUAAGCAUUUCCAGGUUCAACGAGACAGAAAAAUCGGUGGCGCGUAGCGCAAUUAGGCGAGCCCUCGAAGCCGUCGGUUUGAGCUCAAUGACCCACACGUUCAUUCAUGAGGAAUCGAAUGAAAUCGGUGCCAAUGUGAUAGCAGUGCAAAAAAGCCGAUAUUUCGGCACGAAUAUGGAUCAAAUUGUGGUGAUUUCGGCGAAUUAUGACACCCUUGAGGAUAAUCCGGGCGUCGAUGACAACGGAUCCGGCGUUGCUGCGGUCAUAGAAGCCGCGAGGGUCCUAAUGACUUUAGACACCCUUUAUUCAAGAGAUCAUUCAAUCAUCUACGCCUUCUACGACAUGAAGCACAAGGCGCUGGCCGGCUCCCACGCAUUCGUCGAAGACAUCCUUCUACCGCUUCUCGAACGAACCGGCUGCCAAGUGGCCGCUUCGGUCAUCGUCGACGGCCUUCUACACUUUGAUCCGUUUCCGGCGUCGCAGGCGAUGCCGCCGGAGUUCGAGCAAAAUUUCCCCGAAGCGGCUCAAAGCCUUCACGAGCACUCGCAUAUGGGUGAUUUUAUUCAAGUCACCUCCCGGUUGGGAGCCGACGAGCCGAUCGUCAAAAAAUUCGCGAAAUCCUAUGCGAGGUCUUGCGAGAUGCUCUCGACCGACUGGCAAUUCCAUCCGUGGAUGCUCGAGCUCUCCAUCGACAUCGCCAACAUCACGACAGUUGAUCGGUUAUACAAGCUUCAUCCGUACCUGUUCUCCGAUCAUUCGUCAUUCUUCUUUCACUCGCAACAAACCAAAAUGAACAUUCCGACCAUCUACCUAACAGAUACACUGAACCUUCGCGGCGUCCGCCAAUACUGCGUCCAAUGCGACGGCCUUUACAUGAUGACCGAGCAGAACAUGAAAUUCCUCGCGCUCAUGACUGACGCCCUCAUACGAUUCCUAAUCGAAAUGACCGAAUCUCAAGCAAUUUCGGUCGUCGAUGAUCUCUACAGCUUCAUGUUCAACAUCGACGUUGAGUAG